AUUCGUGGCCAGUUUCUGGCUAAACUCCGAGAUCUGCAGGCGGGACGAGACAUACGCUUGAUGACAACGUCCCGGUUUAUACCGGAGAUCAUGAACACAUUUGAAAGAGCAUUGAGGCUGGAGGUACUGGCAAGCGAGAAAGACGUGAAGCGCUUCGUAGCCGGUCAAAUGUACCGACUGCCCAGGUGCAUUCAGCACGAUGAUACGCUCCAAACUAUGGUACAGGACCAAAUCGCAAAAGCGGUGGAUGGGAUAUUCCUUCUUGCUCGCCUACACACGGAGUCGCUGUUGGACAAGAGAACGACAAAGGAAGUCAAGUUGACUCUAUCUAGUCUCGCGAAGGGCUCUGAUGCACUUGAUAAGGCAUAUAGUGAUGCUCUCCGAAGAAUCGAAGGCCAGUUAGAGGGUGAUGCUAGACUGGCUAAGAAGGCUCUGUCAUGGAUCACGCUGGCAAAGAGACCGCUCACCACCUCUGAGCUAUGCUGUGCUCUAGCAGUAGAGCCAAACGAGUCGGAGCUUGACCCAGAGCACACACCUGACAUCGAAGACAUUGUGUCUGUAUGCGCGGGUCUUGUUGUUAUCGACCCGGAGAGCGCCAUUAUCCGCCUAGUACACUACACCACGCAAGAGUAUUUUGAGCGCAUUGGGGAUGCAUGGUAUCCUACUAUCCAGCAGGAGAUUGCCUUAACAUGCCUUACCUACCUAUCGUUUACAGAGUUUCAGAGUGGGGCUUCCUCUACCGACGAAGACUUUGAAAGAAGAAUCCAGCAAAGCAAGUUCCUAGACUACGCUUCUAAACACUGGGGAGAGCACGUAUCGGCAGUUGGAGACGAGAUAUGCGAGUUAGCGGCUUCGAUGCUUACAAACAGCGGAUCAGUUUCAUGUCUUACACAGGUAGCAUCAGUUCCAAAGUACAAGUACCGUGGUUAUAGCCAAGAUUAUCCGAGAGGGGUAACAGGGUUGCAUGUCACCGCAAAAUUUGAGCUGCCAAUAUUGACAGCAUUGCUGCUCCUAAAACUUGGAACAGGGGCUACAGUUAUUGUUAACAAAAAGAAUUCUAAUGGCCAAACUCCACUAUACAUUGCUGCACUUCAUAGGCAUAAAGGCAUGGUUAAGCUGCUGCUUGAGAAGGGCGCAGAUGCCAACGCGCAAGGUGGAUACUACGGCAACGCACUCCAGUUGGCUUCAUUUACAGGCUGCAAGGCGAUUGUGAAGCUGCUACUUGAGAAGGGCGCCGAUGUUAAUGCGCGAGGUGGAUACUACGGCAAUGCAUUUCAGGCAGCUUCAUUUAGAGGAUACGAGUGGAUUCUGAAGCUGCUGCUUCAGAAUGGUACCGAUAUCAAUGCGCAGAGUGGAGAGUAUGGCAAUGCACUCCAGGCCGCUUCUAAAGAAGGCCACGAGGCAAUUGUGAAGCUGCUGCUUCAAAAUGGCGCCGAUGUCAAUACGCAGAGUGGAGAGCAUAGCAAUGCACUCCAGGUCGCAUCUGAAGAAGGCCAUGAGGUAAUUGUGAGGCUGCUGCUCGAGAAGGGCGCCGAUGUCAACGCGCAGAGUGGAGAGUAUGGCAACGCACUCCAGGCGGCUUCAGAAGAAGGCCACGAGGCAAUUAUAAAGCUGCUGCUCGAGAAGGGCGCUGAUGUCAACACGCAGAGUGGAGAGUAUGGCAACGCACUCCAAGCAGCUUCACUCAGAGGCCACGAAGCGAUUGUGAAGCUGCUACUCGAGAAGGGCGCCGAUAUCAACACGCAGAGUGGAGAGUAUGGCAACGCACUCCAAGCAGCUUCACUCAGAGGCCACGAAGCGAUUGUGAAGCUGCUACUCGAGAAGGGCGCCGAUGUCAACGCGCAAGGUGGAUACUACGGCAAUGCACUCCAGGCAGCUUCAUUUAGAGGAUACGAGGGGAUUGUAAAGUUGCUGAUUGAGAAGGGCGCUAAUGUCAACGCGAAGGGUGGAAAGUACAGCAACGCACUACAACCAGCUUUAUCUAGAGGACAUAAGGCGAUUGUGAAGCUGUUGCUCGAGAAGGGUGCCGACGUCAACGCAUAG